UUGCUUUACGGACUGAGUCAGUUGUGCGUGUGUAAAGAGUCAGAAGCACGAUGUUUUCCUUCCAACGGAUUUUAAUGUCUUUAUUUCUGACACUUCAGAUCACAGCAACAGCUGGACAGCAGCGAGCUUUCUUCACUGUUAAAACUGGUGAUGGAGUCACUUUACCCUGUGGAAAUGUGGGACAGGAGAAACACAACUGUGACAGAAUCACAUGGACGCUCAGUCGGCCAGGAAACAGAAACGUAUCAUUGUUUGAACGAAGCCGUUUCACAGAAGAGGCUAACGCUAAGUCAGGCAGACUGAGUGUCGCAGCAGACUGUUCUCUGGUCAUCAAGAGCGUCACAGUGGAGGAUUCUGGUCAAUACAGAUGCAGACAAAAUAACUUCAUCAUGGUGGAUCUGUCUGUUGUUACCAUGACUGAACAAAGAAACAAUGGAAAAGUCGCCUUCACCUGCUCUGUGUCUCAACUCACAUACUGCAGACACUCAGUGAUGUUGCUGUAUGAGGGCAAAGAGGAAAUAUCACCAGAUAUGAAUGUAUCAUCCUGCUCUGCUGCUGUCACAAUCCCAGCAUCUCAUCUGCAUCACAACUCAAAGUUUUACGAGUUAUUAAAGUGUAAAGUACAGGAUGGAUAUGAUGCCAAAAAAGAGCUGCUGUUCACCUUCAGCCAUCAGUCAUCAGGAGAAACUCCAAAGUCAUCAGUAAUAACAACUCGACAUAUAUCCACAACAAGAAACAGGGACACAACACAAGGUGAUUUGUCCUUCUUUAGAUGCAUCAUUGUGUCUGUGGGUGUUACCAUACUCUUAAUGUGUGUAGUCAUAGUUACCAUAUGGGAGAAAAUUCAAUAUAACAAAGCAGCAGCGAAAAGAGACACAGGAAACCGUGAUCAGCAUGGAGAUGCUGUGGUUUAUGAAAACAUCCCAGAGUCCUCUGCUUCCAUCUGAUUCCACAGAUCAAUAUUCUGGAGACCCAAUAUAAAGCAAUCAGUUCAUUGGCAAAUAUGAAAUAUGACUUUAUGCGUCACAAACUGUUUUAGUUUGAAACACGAGGAAGCUGUAAAGCACUUAUAUGUUUCAAACAAAAAGAAAUUGUUUUCUUUAGAACGAUGUACAAAUUUAUAAGUUGUUCAUAUUCUUUUAGAUAAAAGCGUUUUAAAAACCCACAAAUAUUAAAUGCUAUUAUAAGUCAAGUGCAUUGAAAAUCAGUCACCUUUGAGAGAAAAUAUUGUUUUCAAAUUUUUA